AUGAUUCAAAACCAUACAAACUCUCCUCAUCAUCAUUUAACUUUACAACAAUUACAGGAAUUUCCCAAUAUUGAAAACAAGAAAAUCAUUCCAUUAUUAAUUUCUCCUUUUCAAACCGAUCGAAUUUUACAUGAACAUUUAUCGCAACAACAACCAAUUGUUUCCGAACGAUCGGAACACUCAAAAAGAAUAUGGUUGGCCCAUGACCAAACAAAGGUUCAUACUUUGAUAAACUUGAUGUUCAAUCAACCAUUGAAUUCCGACACAAAGUCGAAUAUCAUUGUUUUCGAAGGAACGUAUCAUAACAUGUUGGAAUUGUAUCAAUCAUUGAAGAGAAGGCUUUCGGGAUAUUUAAAUUUGAAACAUGAGAAAAAAAAGAGUUUAAAAGAAAAGUAUUUGGAGAGUCAUCUUUCAAAAUUGGAGUUUACUGAUAUGAUUUCCAGAUUUGGAAUAUUGGGUCGUGUGGAAUUGGAUCAUGACAAAAAAGAGAAUGGCGAAUAUUCGAAAAGUUAUUCUUUUAUUCAAACAAAGGUGAAACGAUUACCCAAAUUAGAGACAUUGAAUCGACUCGCACAAUUUACAAUAGAAAAAGCUGAAAAAAUUGAUCCAUUACUCAAUGGUGCUUACAUUUUCAUUCCAAUUCAUUCUCUUCUUUCUUCCAUAAAAUCAAUGGAUCAGUGGGAAAAGAAUGGAAUUCAAAUUAGUCUUUCUGAAAAGGAUUUUAUUGAUAUUUAUCCUCAAUUUGGCGUCUAUAGUCCAACGAGAAGAGAAAUAUUUUCGACACUGAUACGAAAUGCUUGUGAAGAAUUUUUGAAAAAUUCACAAAUGUUGAAACAAAUGAAUAACAUCAAUAUUAUUGAUAUUGGAUGUGGAACUGGAGUGUUUGGUCUGUUUGUGUCACGAUAUUUAUCCACAUACUGCCUCCCUCAAAGCUCAACUGCAACAUUUAAUUUACAAUUUAUUGAUAUCAACGAAUGGGCUAUAGAAUGCACAAAGGAGAAUGUCAAUAUAUAUUUUAACAAAUUUGGCAACCAUAAUGAAAGAGUCGAUUUCACAUUAUUGGACAUUUCGAAUCGAGAGAUAGCUCAACAGGAAAUCUUGUCCAAGGUAGAAUCGAAAAAGGAUAAUACUUUGCAAAAUCUGAAUUUACUUCUUUGUAAUCCUCCUUGGAUAUCCAUUUCAAAACAAGACUCUCAAUUCAUUCAACAAAAGAGAGAAAGUCUCAAUACAUUCAAGAAUGUAAUUGAUUUAUCAAUUUUUGACAUUGAGCAUGAAUUUUUGGAUAAUUUCUUGCAUCUCAUUCAGCAAUUCGUAUCCUCAUCUUCAUCCAAACACGACAACCGUUCACAAACGUAUGGAAUGAUACUCAUAAGCAAUGUUGGACAUUUAUUGGGUCUAGAGGAACAUCCAAUAUUGGAAACAGUUGAAAACAAGUGUCUACAGAUUGGACUCAAAAUUGUGCGAGUGUUUACUUUGAGAAGAGACAUGGAUUCACAAAAACAUUCGCUCUCUGUUAGAGAAUUUCUCGUCAAUAAUCCUCUUGCAUCCAAACGAAAGAAGUCUCCUCAUCAUGACGAAAUUCAACAAGCUAAAGAGAAUGAGGAAGUCUAUUGUGUCGUGAUUGGUAAGAGCUAG